GGUUGGCUUCAACUGGUUUCCGUUAUGGUUGGAAUGAUGAUCAGUCUGUCGUAGAGUUUGGGUGUCUCCUUUUUUAAGAAAAAUAUUUUUGCUGUAAGCAUGUGGACACAAAAGUUUUGAAAAUAUAUUGAAGAGAUAUGUGAGUAGCAGUAGCCUUCUAUAAUGGCAAUAAGGGAACUUAAAGUCUGUCUUUUAGGGGAUACAGGAGUGGGAAAGUCCAGUAUUGUAUGUCGUUUUGUUCAAGAUCAUUUUAGCCACAACAUAAGUCCCACAAUAGGGGCAUCAUUUUUAACGAAAACGGUGCCAUGUGGAAAUGAACUUCACAAAUUCCUUAUCUGGGACACAGCAGGACAAGAAAGGUUUCACUCACUGGCCCCAAUGUACUACAGAGGUUCAGCUGCUGCUGUCAUUGUCUAUGACAUCACCAAACUGGACUCUUUCCAGACACUGAAGAAAUGGGUGAAGGAGCUGAAGGAACAUGGUCCUGAGGACAUUGUUGUAGCGAUAGCAGGGAACAAAAAUGAUCUGGGAGACAUCAGGGAAGUCCCUAUGAAGGAAGCCAAGGACUUUGCCGAGUCAAUUGCAGCAAUUUUCAUCGAGACUAGUGCCAGAAAUGCUAUUAAUGUCGAGGAACUCUUUCAGAAAAUCAGUCGACAGAUCCCUCCCCUGGAGAAUCCUGAGGUAGACAGUAACGAAUCCUUUAAACUGAGCCGACAGCCUCCUUCCUCAACAAAGCGCUGUUGCUAGUAAAACCAGGAAUGGCCAGUGAGACGUCUGGCUUCAGGAACAUGUCUUCCUCUUCACUUUGACACAAGAUCGACUGUGCCUGCAGUCACCCCUAGGGAAGGAUUGGAGGGGAAGACCUGGACCCGAUUGAAAUAUUUUACUAUUUGAUUGACCAACUUUAUGUAGGGCUAUUUGUCUCCCUCUAGUGUUGGAGGGAGAGCAAGAGGUUAUCCUUAAAUACAAUUGUAAUUUCUGCGUUUCAGAGGCUGUAUUAUAACCAUGCAUACAGUGACAUGAGUAAUCACGUCUUAAUGACAUUCUCCAAAUUCUCAAAUGAUGACUUUAGCAAAAAUUUGCAAAAAGAUCAUUGUAGUUUAAAUGGAUUUAACAAGACUACUUUGAUUUGGUCAAAGGUGGUUAUGAUUAUGUACACAUUUAUGUCCGGAACAUGUUUUUAGUCUUAAGCAGUGUAGAUCAAGUGAUUGCACUGUGGUUCAAGACAUUACUCAAAUUAAUUUGGUCUUUGCAGAUAUCUUUCUCUGUUCAACUGCAAAAAGUGAUACACAUUAGUCUAUAAAGCACAUCUCAUGUACCUUGAGUCUAAAAUAUGCUUAAGGUGUGUAGUGAAAGGGACUUGUAUUUCAAUGGCUUCCAUUUUGUUACAAUGGAAUCACAACGCAAACUUUUAAGUUUGUAACACAUGCCGUGGUUGUGAAUUCUGAAAAAUACAUUCCCAGUAAACGAAGUACAUGUCCAUCCGGAGAGGAGGCUCAAUUUGUUUAUCUGGCACUUUACAACUUCGGAAUACUUUUUUUUUGGGUAAGUAGAGUACACUUUAAAUUAAAAUAUUUGAGGUUCAGCAUUGCUUUUUUAUUAAAAUGUUUACACUUUUUACUCAAAUGUAUUUUAUAAUGUGUUUUUUUCUAGAUUGUUGUAAUACAAUUCUAGAAGUGACAUUUUGCAUGUGAUCAACUAAUACUCAGAUGCAGGUUUAUCAUCUGACUUGACAAUUCUGACUAAGAUAAUUUAGCAAAACAUUUGAUUGCUUUUUAAUGUAAGAUGACAAGUGCCAUUGUUCUUUUCUUUUUACUUAUGUAAAUAAAUCAUAUUAAACAGCUGAGUAGGA